AUUAUCCUAACUCACAGUACUCCAUUUCAGCUGAUAGUUGAUCGUCGAACUGAGCCAUAGAAUCUCCUUUGCCUUGAUAUUGAAAGCACAGCAAGGCGUAGACACACUAAUAAAGUCAAAUCUAUUGCUGAUUUGCAGUGCUUGUCACGAAAGAUAUUGGUGUUAUAGGGGGUUAUAUAUGGAGUUUCUCAUGGCCAUUGGAACUUCUAUUGUUGAAAAACUAGCUGAGUACACAGUUGCACCGGUUGGCAAUCAGUUGGGUUAUGUCUUGCAUUACAAACGUAAUAUAGACAACCUAACAACAGAAACUCAAAAUUUGAAAAAUCAGAAAGAGAGGAUGCAACAUUUGGUGGAAGAUGCUGGAAGAAAAGGUAAAGAAAUUCAUGGUGAUAUUAAUGAUUUGCUAAACAAAGUUGGUGAAGUCUACGAAGAUGCUGUAAAGUUUUUAGGAGAUGAAGAUCACACAAACAUGAGGUGUACUUUUAGAGGGUCUUUUCCGAAUUUGGUAUCUCGGUAUCAACUAAGUAGGAAAGCGAAGAAGAUUGGAGAGUCUGUUGUUAAAAUCAAAUGUGAGAUCAACUUAGAAAACAUUUCUUACCGUCCCAAACUACGAAGUAAUUUUGAAAAUAAAGAUUACAUAACGUUUGACACAAGAGAGGAAACUGUUUUGGGAGUCAUGAAGGCCUUGAGAAAUGGAAAUAUUAGAAUGAUUGGAGUGUAUGGCAUGCCCGGUGUGGGAAAAACUACACUUGUCAAAGAAAUUGCAAGAAUGGCCUUUAUUCAAUGAUGCGGUGGUUGUUACCGUAUCACAAACACCGUCCCUCAGAAACAUUCAACAAGAAAUUGCAGAGAAGCUAGACCUAAGACUUGACAAGGAAAGUAUAUAUGAAAGAGCACUUCUGCUACGGAAUAGAUUGAAGGGUGAAAAGAAGUUCCUCAUUAUUCUAGACGAUGUUUGGAACAACAAUGAACUAAACCUUUUGGACGUUGGAAUAGUUUUUGAAAGUGAUCAAAAUGGAUGCAAGAUUUUAUUGACAUCCAGAUUCGAACGAGUAUUGCGUGAUGAUAUGUGUGUUGAGAACAAUUUCCAAGUUUCACUUCUAUCAGAAGAUGAAUCAUGGAAUUGGUUCAACCAUAUAGUGAAUGAUUCAAUUAAAUUAGAUCCUGAAUUCCAACAUUGUGGAACGAUGAUUGUUAAAGAAUGUGCAUGCCUGCCAAUUGCCAUUGUAACAAUGGCACAUGCAUUGAAAAACCGCGCCUUGCCAUUUUGGAGAGAUGCUUUGGGACAACUACAGAGGUCAAACCAGAGUGAAAAAGUGUACUCUCGAAUCAAACUAUGUUUUGAUUAUUUACAGAGAGAAGAAGCAAAAUCUUUGCUUUUGCUUUGUGCUCUACACAAAGAAGAUGAACGCAUCAAAAUGGAGUAUUUGAUGAGAUAUGGUAUAGGCUUGGAUGCAUUCGAAGGUGCAAGGACAUUGAAAGCAGCAAGAGACAGAGUGUACAGUUUGGUAGAAGAGCUAAAGGAUCGUUGUUUGUUGCUUAAUGGUGACUAUUCUGGUACAGUUAAGAUGCACGAUGUCAUUCGCGAUGUAGUCAUAUCUAUUGCGAAAGAAAGCCAUAUGUACAGUUUUAGAGAUGGUGCUGAGGCAGAAGAAUGCUUGAAAAAAAAGAAACCUAAAGACGUAAAGGCAAUUUCACUACCUAAUGGUUUUGUGGAUCAGCUCAUUUCCGACAGGUUGGAAUAUGAACAACUUGGGUUAAUUUUGAUAAACGAAAAGAAAUCUUUUCGAAUCCCAAAUGAUUUUUUCGAAUACACAAAAGAGCUUACGGUUCUGAAAUUGUCUUGUCCAUAUUUAGAAGUACCUCCAUCUUUAUGUUUCUUGCAAAAUCUUCAUAUGCUGUGUUUUCGUGGUUGUGUCUUGAGAGACGUAGCUUUAAUCGGAGAUCUCAAGAAUUUGGAAAUUCUUGACCUUUCAUGGUCCAAUAUCGAAGAACUACCAAUACAGAUAAGGCAACUUACUCGUCUACGAUUGUUAGAUUUGAGUGGUAUUGAGUUUUGCUAUCCUCUUCAAAUGAUUCACCCUGAUGUCAUAUCGCAUUUGAAGCGUUUAGAAGAGUUAUACAUGGGGACUUUUGAUAAUUGGGAUCACUUUCGGGUAGCUGAUGGAGAAACAAGUAAAAAUGCAGGUCUUAUAGAGCUCAAAGAUUUAGUUAACUUGACUGCUUUAGAUUUACAAAUACCUGAUGUCAAGAUGCUGCCAGAGGAUUUAUUCACUCAAAAAUUGGAACGGUAUAAGAUUUCGAUAGGCAUUGCACGGUUCUUGGACAAUGGUUAUGAUUUUUUGCAAAUCUCAGAUUCAAGAUAUUUGGAAAUCAAGCAUACUCAAAGCAGUCUAGUGCUACUAGAUCAUGGUCUUCAGAUGUUGUUGAAAAGGUCUCAAGUUUUGUAUUUAGAUGGAUUAAAUGGUUUGAAUAACAUUGUUUGUGAGUUAGAUAAAAAUGGAUUUCCAGAGUUGAAGAAGUUGACAUUUAAAAAUAAUUACAAGAUUGAAUACUUGAUCAACACUACCAUGGAGAAAAUUGAUCAUCCUUGUGGUGCAUUUGGCAGCUUAGGGUCACUGUGCCUUGAUAAUUUGACAAAUCUUGAAAAAAUAUGUCAUGGAAAAGUCACAGAUGAGUCAUUCAAGAGAUUGAUGGUUAUAGAAGUAAGAGAUUGUGAUAGAUUGAAGAAUCUCUUACCAAUUUCUUUUGCUAGAAAACUUGAGAAGAUUGAAAUAAUUGAUUGUGAGAUGAUGGAGGAGAUAUUAGAAGAUGAUGAUGAUGAUGAUGAUGAUAAUGAGGAAGCAAUUUACAAGUUUCCUCAAUUGUGCUCCAUGACAUUGACAAAUGUAUCAAAGCUUAGACAAUUCUGCUCCAAAUUGGAGAAAAAUAGUACAUUUCAUAACAAAGAGGAGCCAUUGAUUGUCUUGCCUCUGUUCAAUGGGAAGUUUGUUUGUUUCCCGAAAUUGAAGAUUUUGGAAUUGUGCGGAUGUAAUUUCAUGAAGAUAUGGGAUGACCAUCUUCUGCCUGGUUUGACUUGUUUCAAAAAUUUAACAAAAUUGGAUAUAGUCAACUGCAGGUCUCUGAAAAAUCUAUUUUCGUGUAGUAUGGCAGUGGGUUUAGAACAACUCUAUUCUAUUCAGAUUAGCGAUUGUACAAUGAUGGAAGAAAUAAUGAGCAGCAAUAUUAAUGGAAGGAGACAUGUGUCAUUCCCAAAAUUAAGUUAUCUGAAGCUACAAAAUCUUUCAAAGAUUACUGGAUUUUCUUCUGAAGUUGUCAUUGAGUUUCCAUGCUUAACUGAACUUUUCAUUCAAGAUUGCCCUGAAUUUAGGACUUUCAUUUCCGAUUCCCAUGACAUGUCAUGCAUUCUCUUCAACAAAAAGUUUGUUUCUUUCCCCAAAUUGAAGAAUUUGGAAUUGUCUGGAUGUAAUUUCAUGAAGAUAUGGGAUGACCAGCUUCUACCAAGUUCCACUUCAUUCCACAAUCUCGAAAAAUUGUUUGUUGAUGGCUGUGGUUUUUUGAAAUAUUUAUUUCCUCCUAGUAUGGUAGACAGUUUCAAAUAUCUCUUUUCUCUUGAGGUAAGAGAUUGUAUAAUGAUGGAAGAAAUAAUAACCAAUACUGAUGAAGGGAUGCAUCAGAUGUCGUUCCCUGAACUAAAUUAUUUGAAGCUAGAAACUCUUCCAAAAAUUACCAGAUUCGUAUCUCAAGGUUUCAUGGAGUUUCCAGUAUUAACUGAACUUUACAUUCAAAAUUGCCCAAAAUUUCCAACUUUCAUUUUCAAUUCGGGAGGGAACCGCGCCACCAUGCCGCCUUUCUUCAAUGAACAAUUUGUUUCUUUCCCCAAAUUGAACAAUGUGGAACUAUAUAGAUGUAAUUUCAGGAAGACAUGGAAUGAUCAUCUACCAUUUAGUUCUAAUUCAUUCCGGAAUUUAACAAAAUUGCUUGUAGUCAGCUGCAAGUUUUUGAGAAAUCUAUUUUCUUCUACCAUAGCAGCAAGUUUUGAACAUCUCUCUUAUCUUGAAAUAAGAAAUUGUAUGAUGAUGGAAGAAAUAAUGAGCAGCAAUAGAAGGACAUGUACAAAUGUGUCAUUCUCCAAGCUAAGUCAUAUGAAGCUUCAAAAUCUUCCAAGGGCUGGGAGAUUCUCUUCUGCAGUUUUCGUCGAGUUUCCAAUGUUAACUGAACUUUCUAUUGAGGAUUGUCCUGAAUUUAAGACUUUCAUUUCGGAUUGGGAAAAGAACAAUUGCUCUGACAUGCCACCUCUAUUCAAUGAAAAGUUUGUUUCUUUCCCCAAGUUGAAGAACCUGGAGUUUACCAAAAAAAAGUUGGAGAGCUUGGAAUUGUCCAGAUCAUGUAAUUUCAUGAAGAUAUGGGAUGAACAGCGUCUACCAAAUUCAACUUCAUUUAAUAAUUUAAAAAGCCUGCUCAUAAUCGGCUUCGACUUUUUGGAAAGCCUAUUUUCAUCUAGAAUGGUAACGAGCUUCAAACAUCUCUAUUCUCUUGAGAUCAGAGAUUGUACCAGAAUGGAAGAAAUAAUGAGCAACAAUGAGAGAAGGUAUAAGAUGUCAUUCCCUAGACUAAAUUAUUUGAAACUUCAAAAUCUUCCAAAGACGACAACCUUCUCCUCUUCAAUUUUCAUUGAGUUUCCAAUGUUAACUGGACUUUCCAUUCACAACUGCCCUGAAUUUAAGACUUUCAUUUCCAAUCGGGAAGUGAACUCUUGCAGCAGCAGCAGCAACAUACCAUCUCUCUUCGAUGAAAUGGUUGUUUCUUUCCCCAAAUUGGAGUAUCUUGAACUAUCCCGUUGUAACUUCGUAAACAUAUGGGAUGCCCAAUUUCUACUAAAUUCCACUUCAUUCUGUAAUUUACGGUAUUUGCUUGUUGUUGGCUGUGGGUUUUUGAAGAAUCUAUUUUCAUCUACUGUGGCACCAAGUUUUGAACAACUCUAUUCUGUUAAGAUUAGAGAUUGUAUGAUGAUGGAAGAAAUAGUGAGCAACAGUGAAAGGACAUAUAAUAUGUCAUUCCCAAAAUUGAAUUAUUUGAAGCUUGAAAGUCUUUCAAGGAUUGCAAGAUUCUCCUCUGAAAUUUUUGUUGAGUUUCCGGUGUUAACUGAAUUGUCCAUUCAAGAUUGUCCUGAAUUUAAGACUUUCAUUUCCGACUCAGAAGAAAUCUCGUACACCGACGUUACACCACCACUCUUGAACGAAAAGUUUGUUUCUUUACCCAACUUGAAGAAUUUGGAACUGUCCUAAUGCUUUCAAGAAGAUAUGGGGGAUGACCAGCUUCAUUUGCUUAGGCAGCGAGUUUGAUCAAUGUGUCCCUUGAGUUGAUAGAUUGUUUGUUGAUCAAAGAAACAAUGAAAUUAAAUAGUCGAAUUUUCAUCAAGUUUUUAGUGUUGACUGAUUUUUCUGCCCAAAAUAUAAAGAUUUUCAUUUCCACGGUUAGAGGUGAACUUCCUAAAGACAAAACGUGAAGAAAAUAAAUUCCAGAUGUUUUUCAUAUAAAGCAGUAUUCAAUUGUAUAAGCUAGAGAAACUAGCACUUUUGAUGGCUACAUUUGUUGAAUCGGUAAUUAGUAAAUCGAAUUAUAGUCCUAUUUA